UGUGAAGUGCUCUGAGAGCCUCAGAAGGAAGGUGAUCUAGUAGGGCAAAGUAUUUUUAUUAUUACUUUAUUGCAGCUGCCACCUGCAUGUUAGCUGCUAUGGGGCACCUCGUACAACAGCACUGUGUACAUGACACCAGAACCGGCUCUGCCCAUCCUUUCAACCUUUCACCCCUCGCACAUACACACACACAAAGACAUUGGCUUGCUUUGUGUGGGUAGGAAGAGUCCCUCCCUCCUCUCCAGAAGCAUGAGCAGUAUCUUGACUCUCCCAGGAAGCACCUGCAGUCCCCCCAAUGGUUUCUGGUAGAACAGGUUAUUCUUACUCCACUGUCACUUCUCAGAAACUGGUUCCACCCGGCUAGGGUUCACCAACAGGUCAUUCACCCAACCCCCAGAGAGAGAAAGAGAGAUGGCCCAACCCCAGGCACUCACAGCUAUUCCUCACCCUCCCGCCAAUGCCAAAGUUUUCAUUUACUGCAGGUUUUUAAAAACACUAUCAGUUCAGAGUUGCAAAGGUGCCAAACCAAACCAAACCAAACCACGUAGCAGAAGCAGCCAGUAAUAAGACAGCUGUAUGUCACUCUGAAGGAUUGUUCUAAUUUGCCUGGCCACCCCCAUGCAAAGGGCUGAUCUCUUAGGUGCCCUCUCACUUAUUUCCUACAUCUUUAGUCUGAUUGUUUGACUGGCUCAUAAUCCAGUUUUUCAAUGGAGAAUAAAGACUGCCCACUACCUAUCCUUCUGGUUCUCUGAAUCUCUGUUUAAUUACAUCCAGUCCCGGUGAUACCACUAAAGGUGUUUCCUUCCCCCUCGAGUCACCAGCACUUUCAAUGGGGUAGUCCGUUCAGCAAUGGGAUGCAGGGCCGGGAGAUACUUUCUGUCACCAAACAGCUUAGCUAGUUAAAAACAGGUGGCAUGUCCAAAAUCAGGUUUUUUGGAUGGGAAACUGAACCUGUUUUAAAUCCCACUGAAGGGAGAGGGGCCUUAAAAUCCAAUCAAACUCAGAGGGGAAAUAGCCUAUAAUAUUGAUAAAGAGACAUUGUCAACAGGCUUUAAACCCUAGAUUUAGAUUUUGUUCUGACAUAGAAAUGCUGUUUAUCAAUUUUUUAAAUAAAUCACUGAAAAGACCUCUCCUCCCUCCACCCCCUUUCAAGAUAACUCCCCAACUCCUUGCAGUACUGGAAAUGCAGCAGAGAAACCAGAAAGUCUCAGUGACUUGUUUACUUCCACUGGCAACAUUGAAUGAAUGAGAAGAAGUCGCAGAGAGAGAGGAAGGGCGGCUGAUCUCUCGCUCUAGCUGUGUCCCCUGCCAAGUUUCCUGCCCCAUCCACUGGGCUCCGUCACUGAGCCUAAGACGGGGAGUGACCAUUCUGCUGUCAGGAGAGCUCCGGACACAGACAAUCCUCAGAGCUGGCCAUGGCAAGCGGCAAGGACUCCGACAGCGAGCAGGUGGUACCAGAUGAAGAGGAUAGGCCAGACGUGAAGGCAGUGCAGGCCCGCUACCUCCGCAGCCCCUCCCCCAGCCAGUAUUCAGUGAUAUCGGACACAGACACAGAAAGCAUCUUCAUGGAGCCUAUCCACCUGUCCUCUGCAGUAGCUGCUAAACAGAUAAUAAAUGAAGAGCUGAAGACAAAGGAGGUCAAAGUGGAUUCAGUCUGUCCGGGGAUGUUGGAGUCUGCAGAGCAGCUGCUGGUGGAGGACCUGUACAAUCGAGUUAAAGAAAAGAUUGAUGACACCAGCUUGUUCAACACACCGUGUGUGAUGGACUUGCAGAGGGCACUCAUGAAGGACAGGCUGGAGUCCCCCUGGGAUCCUGUGGAUGAAGUCUGGCCCAACGUCUUUAUAGCAGAAAAGAGUGUUGCAGUGAACAAAGGCCGUCUGAAGAGGCUUGGGAUCACUCAUAUCCUGAAUGCGGCUCAUGGUACUGGCGUGUACACAGGGCCAGAUUUCUACAAUGGUUUGAAUAUCCAGUACUUGGGCAUUGAGGUGGAUGAUUUCCCAGAGAUGGACAUUUCCAAACACUUUCACCAGGCUGCGGAGUUCCUUGAUGAAGCACUGCUGACAUACAGAGGUAAAAUCCUGGUAAGCAGUGAAAUGGGAAUCAGUCGCUCAGCUGUGCUGGUGGCUGCUUACCUGAUGAUCUUCCACCACAUGACCAUCUUAGAGGCCCUGAUGACUAUAAGGAAGAAGCGUGCCAUUUACCCCAAUGACGGCUUCCUGAAACAGCUCAGGGAGCUCAAUGAGAAGCUGCUGGAGGAACGAGAGCAGGAAGACCCUGGGGAUGAUGAUGACACAGCCAGCCAGAGUUCUGUCAUCGAAGCAGGGACCCAUUCCCUGCUGUCUGGAGUGGAGGUCUCUGGGAGUGUCGUGGGAGCCAAAGUGCACCCCAUCACAGUAGAGGAAGAGGAUACCACCAGCAUUCUGGGAAGUGUUAUGAGUUCUUCCUCCAUGGGAAAAGCUAGCUUGGUUUCCAAACAACCCACUCUGAUCAGUGAGGAGGAGGAGGAACAGCUGUAUGAGGAAUGGAGGCAGAAGCAAGGCCUGCCAGCAAGAGAGCCACCAAAUCAGGAUGUGGAAAGCACACCUACAAAAUUUCCAGAUCAAGGAGGAGAGGAAUCUGAGGAGAAUGUGGAACGGAUUAUUCAAGAGUGGCAGAGUCGAAAUGCAAAAUAUGAAAAGGAAGGUUAUUGGCUACCCAGGGAGGAGGAUGGAGUCUCCAACAUGGGAGAAAGGCCGUAUCCUUCAAGUGAACUGGGUGACACGGAGAGUGUGAGCAGCCUUGACAUCCAAAUCCUGAAGCAACAACUGGAAGCCAGCAGCAUCAACAGACUGAGGAGGGGCCGCACAGAUUCUAUGUCUACGGAGAGCACCUGGGAUAUGUGGAACCAGAGGCUGCUGGAGAUUGAGAAGGAAGCUGCUCAGAGAUGCCGUUCCAGGAAUAAAAGUGGUGUUGAAAGUCCAGAACCAGAGCCAGGAAGAAAGGGCAGAGAUGUGGAUGUGGAGAAUGUUAUCUCAGAUACCAGCUCCUUUCAUAACUUCUGCAAAAAGAACAAAGACAAGCUGACCCCUCUUGAAAGGUGGAAGAUCAAGAGAAUCCAGUUUGGCUUUCACAAGAAGGAUUUAGAAACCUCUGUGUCCCCCAAGAUGGAAGAUGGCAGCCAGCCAGUCGAGGAGUCAGCAGAAGAAGAGAAGGAUCUAUCAGAUGUCAACCUGACAGCUUACCAGGCCUGGAAAAUAAAACACCAGAAGAGGGUGGGCAAUGAUAACAAGGAUGAUAUUGUGGAGCUUGCCAAGGGCGAAGAUUCUGCUUCAGCCAAAAGGAAGCAGAGGAGAAUGGAGCUACUUGAACAUUCAAAAAAGAUCCUGGAAGAAAGCCAGUCCCUGUGCAGCUGGGAGACAGAGAGCGCAAUGAGUGGGAGUAUCCCGCUGUCAUCUCUUUGGCCCUCAACACCUUCCAUAAGUGGUGCUGAAGAUUCAGCUUCUUCACUGAGCAUGCAGAGCAACCGUUCAUCUUUACCUCAGAACAGAAGCAGCGCUGGGGCUAUGCAGCCCCAAAUGCCAACUACACCUCUACCCAACAUCCCAGUUGGCCCAGGUGAUGUGAUAUCCAUGGCCAGCAUUCAGAACUGGAUUGCCAGUGUGGUUAACGAAACCAUUGCUCAGAAACAAAAUGAGAUAAUGAUGUUGUCCCACCCGCCCUCCACACUGGCCUCCAGCGUGAGGUCAGGUGACUUUGGCAGAUGCCUCGAUGAUGACAAGGCCUCCCUUCUCAGUGCACAGAGUGGUAUGUCUGUAGCUAGCUCUCUGCUCCGCCAGAGGGACAUGAACGGUGCUGACACCCAGUCCAUUCUGUCUUCCAGUGCCUCAAUGAGCAUGAGGGCAGGAGGGUCUAGCUCAAGCAUGAGGGUGACUCAAACAAGCAAGCCACUGUACAGCCUCUUUGCAGAUGACAUUGACCUGAAAAAACUCAGCCGGAAGGAGAAGGAGAUGCAGAUGGAGAUGAGAGAAAAAAUGUCAGAUUAUCAAAUCGAGAAGCUUGUCAGAGACAACAAGCGCAGCACUUUAUUUAAGAAGAAGAAGGCCCAGGGAGAAGAUGAAGAGAAAGUCGAAGACAACACAGAGAACACAAUAGGUGGCAUUCGGUACCCUUUCCAAACAGAUCUUGACAGAACUGAUCCAGCUUCUGCUUUCUCCGGUCAGUUUGCAAAUACUGGUGCCAUGAAUUCAGAGGUGGAGACCAAUGUUGAUAAGUGGCUGAGUGGCCUGAAAGCAGAAGGAAAGACAUCAUAUCAUGACCAUGCUGAAAAGGCUAGAGAGAAAUACAAUAGAUCAUCCACUCUCAGAGAGGUGGACUCUGAAGCAUGCAAGUAUAGCUUCUCCAGAUCCCAAAGAGAAGAGGUGAACAGUUCUUCUUCCUAUCAGUGUAAAGGUGAUUCACUGAGAACCAUAUCAAGAUUUUCCUCUACCUCUGCAAAAGAGGACAAGGAAAUGUACAAGUUCACACGAACAAAGGCCAGAGAGACAAGUUCUAGGGAAGAAAACCCAGAGCCGUCCUAUGAUUCUGAAUCCCCAGGACCAUCAACGCAGAGUCGAGUCAGAUCCCGUCACUUGGAAAAAUCUGAAGAGGAGUCUAGUUCCAACAUGUCAGAAUUUGGAGCAAAGAGAAAGUUCAUUCAGAGUUUUUCAAAGUCUGAAGAUGACGGAGACAGAGAAGAGAAGGUGGAAGAAAGUGAAGAGAGGUUUGCAUCAAGGCAAUUCUCACAGUACAGACGAAGCACCCACAAGGAAGAAGAAAUGGAUGAUGAUGCCAUUAUUGCUGCCUGGAGAAGCCGGCAAGAAGAAACUAAGGCAAAGCUCCGGCGAAGAAGAGAGGAAUGACUGAGGACAAGGUUGUUAAGGCACCAUCAGGACUGAAGUGGGGUCCCAGCCUCAGCAGGAGUUCCAGACACAGAUCUCUCACCUGAAUCACUCAUCAUUAUAUUUCAGAUCAUCCUUCAUGAUUUCCAGGGCACUGCUGAUGUCCUGAAGAAGCUUUCUUCACCUUAAUCAACAGACUUGGAGGAAGAAGGUUAAUUAUUUGAAGUGUUUGUGGUUUGUCAAAAAGAAGAAGCUUGUGCUAAAUGAUUAGCAUAGGUGUGAAUAAAUCUUUAGGAAACACUUGUAUCCAGAGAGUAUUUUAGUAACAAUAGCAGGUAAAGCUAUUCUGCCCUCUGGGACAGCACCCACAAGUCAAGAGUUUGGUCAGGUCUUGUUUUGAUUAUUUCACUUUUCUGGAGUCAUUUAAAAGUCACUCUAGCAUUAUUUCUAGCUUUGUUUUGA